AUGAUCGCAUCACCUUGCCGAACUCUUCACAGUCUGUUCAACAAAUAUUGCUUAUGCUUGGCUAUUUAUUUGUGUGAACCAUGGGAAAAGGUCAUACUACAUUGCAUCACACUAGCAAUAAUUUGUGCCCUUACAUAUACUACUGUUUUAAUUGUCCCUAGUCAACUAUCUACUCUUAUAAUAUUUGUAUGGAAAUGCCUGAAUGGAGAUACGCAUUGGCAUUCUAAACAUAUAAACAACAUUUUACAAUAG